AUGACGUUCGGAUGGAGAGAUGUUGCUAAAAGAAUUGAAGUCCGGGAUGAUUUCUUCAAGCAAGGGGGUGCGGGGAGGUUUUCUGGUGUCAUCUUAGCUUCCGAUCGGGGGUUUCAUGAGAGGAGGUUUUCUAGUAAAAGUUUUGAGCCGUAUUGGGAAAGUCUUGGGCUGGGUGAUAAUGGUGGCCAUGAGGAGGGUCAUGGCGGAAACGAUGAUUAA